AUGACGACCGAACGCCCGUUGCCGUUCGUCUACCAGUUCGCCGCCGGUGCGGUGGCCGGUGUGUCGGAGAUCCUGGUCAUGUACCCAUUGGACGUGGUCAAGACUCGAGUUCAGAUUCAAGGCAGGGUACCGGUACCCGGUCAAGAUCACUACACCGGCAUGGUGGAUUGUUUCCAGAAGAUUGUCAGGAAUGAAGGCUUCUCGCGACUCUACCGGGGCAUCACCGCGCCCAUCCUCAUGGAGGCGCCCAAGCGCGCGACCAAGUUCGCGGCCAACGACGAGUGGGGAAAGGUCUGGAGGAACCUGUUCGGCGUCGCCAAGAUGAACCAAUCCCUCUCCAUCCUCACCGGCGCAUCGGCCGGCGCGACCGAGGCCAUCGUGGUCGUCCCCUUUGAACUCGUCAAGAUCCGUCUCCAAGACAAGAGCCAAGCGGCCAAAUACAACGGCCUGCUGGACUGCGUCGCCAAGGUCAUCCGCGAGGAGGGGCCGCUCGCCCUCUACCAGGGCACGGAGUCCACCGUCUGGCGCCACGUGCUCUGGAACGCCGGCUACUUCGGCUGCAUCUUCCAGGUGCGCGCCAUGCUGCCGCCGAACCCGACCAAGGACCGGUCGGUGCAGAUCCGCAACGACCUCAUCUCCGGCGCCGUCGGCGGCACCGUCGGCACCAUCCUCAACACCCCCAUGGACGUGGUCAAGAGCCGGAUCCAGAACAGCCCGCGCGUGGCCGGCGGCGUGCCCAAGUACGGCUGGGCCUGGCCCGCCCUGGGCCUCGUGCUCCGGGAGGAGGGCUUUGGCGCCCUGUACAAGGGCUUCCUGCCCAAGGUCCUGCGGCUCGGCCCCGGCGGCGGCAUCCUGCUGGUCGUCUUCACCGGCGUCAUGGACUUCUUCCGCCAGAUGCGCGGGGACGUCUGA